CAGCAGAACACGCUUCCAAAUUCCGGGGGCUUGACUUUGCCCCUCGCAGCAGCGCAACGCAGCUCGCAAGGAAGCCAGGCCCCCCCCAGCCCCAUGCUCGUCGGGGCCUCCGCUGACCGGCUGGCCGCCCGUCCCCCCAGCUCCCUCCCACUUUACUUUGCGCUUCCUCUCGUCUUCUUCCUUCUCUUCUCUGUAUCAGCUUUCGCAUCCGCUGUUCCUUCUGCAUUCCCUUCACCUUAUCCCAAUCUCCCGUCCAAUCGCAUCAAUGUCUACGAGGAAACGCAAGCAGGACGAGGAGGAGGAAGAGGAGCUUCAGUCUCUGCCCGAGGACGGCUCGGACGAGGAAGAGGAAGAAUAUGAAGACAGCGAACUAGACGAGGAGGAAGAGGAGGAAGAUGACGAGGAAGUAGAGGCCGCUCCUCCCCCCAAGAAGAAGACUCGAACUGCCGAGCCCGUCCCAGCUGCCAAGGAUGACGAUGACGAUGAGGAGGAAGAAGAGGCUGAAGGCGAGGAGGAGGAGGACUUUGAUGAGGAGGAGGAGCCGGAAGACGACGAAGAGGAAGGCGAGACCGCCAAAGGAAGCGGGCCUGCGACCAAUGUGAAGCCCAAGGGCGCGGCGCCCAAGGAAGCUGAUGCGGCUGAAGUGGAGGACGAUGAGGAGGAGGAGGACUAGACGGUUGUGUCUACCUAUCGUCAUGCUCGGUCAAUGGCGUGCGUCUGGUGUUGACCACGAUAGCAUUGGCUAGCACAAAAAGUGGUAUAGAAAUGCAUGUAACUUCUGUUUCCCAGAUCAUUUUCCCUCC